UGAUUCUGCUGUCAAUCCAGAGCUACAGGACUUCAGGACAGAUUUACAGGUAGCUCAGGUACUUUCUAAUCUCACUGAUACCUUUAAUAUUGAUAUUGCAGAUUUUGAUUGUGAUAUUGGAUUUGAUUUCCAGACUCCCAGCAUUGAACCUGUCAACACCCAGGUUCAUAUCCAAGCUGAUGUUUCCACUUCAACUACUGAUUCUUCUUCAAACACUUCAAACAACACUACUUCUACACCAGUUGUUCGAAAGGUAGCCCGGAAACGGAGUGGGAGUGCAAUUCUGAGAGAACCCGCAGCUCUGUCUCAUAAGAAGCAAAGGGUGGCAGAACCGGAGACAACUGCAGCCACAUCCAUUUCCUCCCAAAAGGAUUUGGACACUGACAUGGAUCUACUUGGCAACCUGCAAGUACAUCCGCCUUCACAGGCAUUCGGAGGACAAUUUGUUUCUUCACCUCCUACAGUUCCAUCUCAGGGAACUAUGGUUGUAUAUACAGGUACUGGUGACGGUGUGACAAACACGAGUGAAAUCAGGCAAACACCGAGCGAAACACAUGCACGAGAGGAUAGUGAAAAAUCUUUGAGUGUUCGUGAGGUGAGUGCACACACCAACACAGAUCUGCUACAGGAACAAAUGGCUGCUCUGAGAGCUGAGAUUGCAAGGUUAAAUGCUGAGAAUGCCAGAUUCAAAAGUGGAGAGUUGGUGACUCUAAAAGAAAAGGCUGGUGAUCCUUCUUUCUCUUCCCUCAAACAGGAAUUAGAUGCUCAUGUCAAGGGUAUUCACUCUAGGAUGGACAAAUUUGAUACAACUCAGGAGCUCUGUUUGACGAAGCUUGACAACUUGGAGCAAACUUUGGCUCAAGUUGUUCAACACUUAAAGAUCAAUCCGUCAACAUCUCAGUCUACUCCAGAGGAUCCCUCAACUAAGGGGGAGAAGGAUAAGGAUGACAAAGAUAAGGAUGACAGCAAUGCUGGUGGUGGUGGCAAUGGUGGUGAGAAGGGUGGUGAUACUGAUAGGGGUGAUAAGGGUGGAGUAGGAGCAAGUGAAAAGGACUCUUCUGCAGCUAGCAAGUCUAAAGGCAAAAUGCCUGAAACUGAGAACAUCUUCACUAAUCAGGAUUAUGACAACAUUCCUGAGGAUGUUGAUGAUGAUGAUGCAUUUGACUCUGCUUAUUUUGAAGCUGAGGAAGAAGGUCGUUUCGAGGAAGGCUUUCUUUUCAAUGAAGAUCAGUCUGUAGAUCCUGAGCACAUGGAAAAGGUCAAGAUGUUCAAAGCUCAACAUGAAGCUAGCAAAGCAAAGCUUCAGGAACUACAGAAACUGGUAGAUGAAAAGAGGACAACUGAUGAGUUGGUCAAGCUGGAGAAACAGAAAUUGUGGGAUGCUAAGUGCAAGGAAAAGAGAGAGGAUAUCUCCAGAAAAGUUGGUGAAAGCUGGGAUAUUGCAAGGCAAAUCCUCUCUGGACCUCAAAGGGAACCUUUCAAUGAUGGUAAAUUCAAAUCCUUCAUUUAUGACCUGAGAGAGGCUAACCCUAAUGAAGAUAUGUUUAUGCGUGCUCUUGCUCUCGAGUUAGAAUAUAUAACUAUUGGUGUCAAGAAUCUUCUCAAUGAAUGGGAGAUCAUUAUUUCUACUCAGAGAAACGGAACAUUCAGGGUUUCAAUUGAUUUAUUCAAGUUUCUAUCUCUAACUGAAAUCUGGGUGAUUCGUAACAAGAUCAGACGCAGUUCAAAUCUGAAUGAACUCCUUCGUGACAAACUUAUGGAUUGUGCUAUUCAUAACAGUCCACAAGUUGUCAGAAAGCCUUACUGUGUCAAGUUCAUUCACGAGAGAAAAUUUGGAACCUUCUACCUGGACCACCAACAUCUUCUUAAGUAUGAUGUGAGUCAGUUGGUUCUUGUAUCUACAAUUCUACGUACCAAGGGCUUCGCUACUAAGGCCAAAGCUGAUGCUGAUACUGAGAUUGUGAACUACUGCACAAGGAGAAAUAUUCAGCAAUACUUCAGGAAGAUGAAGUAUAUCAACCAAUCUCAGCCAGCAGAUUUCAUCGAAGACCCUGUGGAUAUUGAGGUUCAAUAUUAUCUCUCAUUGGCUCGUGAAAGAAAGAAGCGUGGAGAAUCCACUGCAGCUGAAGAGCCUACUCAGAAUGAGCCUUCUACUCCAAUCAUUCACUGUUCCGAUGCAGAGGAAGGAGAAGUCACUCGUUCUGAGUGA